UUGGCUCCAGUCGUUUCUCGGAUGCCGAAGAUCAGCUUCGGUCAUGGCUCUGAGCGGGCCAAGCCCGUGCUCGCAGGCCUCUCGAAGUUUUGACCCGGAGGUCUCUCACGGACGGUAACGCCACGAGAUGGCCCGGUGGAGACAGCUACUCUGUGGUCUUGCGGUGCUGAUUGGCGUGAGUCAAGCUCAGACUGAUGCUGUGACGCCUUGGUUGGACGUCUGCACCUCGGAGGAUUUCCUCAAUUACCGAGCUCAGCUUUGUCCUGCCACUUUUGUGGUAUCAACCUUGGCCUUCAAUCCGCUCUAUCCCUUGGCGAUCUCCAACGUGACGAUCAUUCUCCAGCCAUCCGAAGAUUUGCAGAGCAGCAUUCAGACAACACAGUUCAUCGAACUCAAUCUGCCUGGCUUCGAGGCAAUUGGAACUACAAAUGUUGCGAAUGCCAACUUAAGGGACUUGCCCAUCACUGCUGGCAACACAGUGCCACUGGGAGUGGAUCCACUCUUCGGCUACAAUACUUAUGCGAAUCCGCUCUUCACUGACUUUGCCCAGUACAACAUCCGGACACGGCUCUUGAGACUCAUGGUCAGAACUGGAAACUCCUUGCUGUCCAACAGGGACACGGAGAUCACUGUGUGUUGUAUGAAACUCCCAGCUGCAUCCCCAAAGGACUUUACUGGCUACACGAUUUCCGGGCCGACCUCCUUGGACACCAUCGUGACGAUCCCGGAGGAGCCAAUUCUGUCGACGCCAUUCAUUGAUCCAGGCUUGCAAUGGGAGUUCUUGAGGGUGUCCUUUGAGCCACCGAUCUCGCAGCACGUCACGAUCAUCCACCUGACCUUGCGCCCUGCGAAUGCCCUGACCGACCGUGCACGGAUCAUUCUGAGCAUGCCAGAGAUUACGCGGGUGAACAAUGUGAGUGGGGAGGUCUCAUUCAACACCGCGAACAGCAUCAGCGGAGCUGAUUGGAUGUUCUUCGAGAGCUCAGCUCUGUGGGAUGCAGGAGUUGGCACACUCACCUUCUUCCUGCGACAGGGCAAGGUGCUGCUGGCCAGCCGGCAAGUGACACUGUCCACCAACCCCGGGGAGUUUGAGCUGCCUGUUGAGCUUGCGGCGGACAGCCCCACGUUGACGGUGUCUGCACGAUCCUUCGACAACAUUGAUGAAGUGGUGCGGGAAACACCAGUGACUCAGUCCAGCGCGGUUCCUCAUGUGCGCAACUUCACCUUCACCAGGUUGGCCUACACUAACAACGUUGCCAACCAGCAGACCAAUGUCCUCUUCCACUUCAUGACGAACCGACCGCUCUUUGCCGGAUCAGUCAUCUAUCUCCGCUUGUCUGGCUUCACAGCUCAACGUGUGGAAGUGCCCCUGAAAGGGACCACCAAGGUGCAUUUCCGAGAUGAAAGCGGAUACUUCAAUCUCCCGGAGAAUAUCCUGGAACUCCACAUUACCCGAACCAUCUAUUCGGAUGAGUCAUUGUUUGAGCUGGAAAUGGUGGAGCUGAUUCUGCCACCAGCGCUUUAUGCCAAUGACACCUCCUUGCUAGCUUGGAAUUCGGAUCCAGGGGCUCCGCAGCAGCCGGUGGACGACUCUCCGAUGGUGGGCAACGGCUACAAGACCUUCAAGCGAUCGCAGUUGGCCUUCGAGCCCUCAGAGCCGAGGUUGGCUGCCAACAUCACCUUCACGCUGGAGCCGUCGAUCGUCUUCUACCAGGGGGAUAUGAUCGUGAUCCACAUGUAUGGCUUCGCGUGCACGGCAACCACCAUCCCACUUCUGGGCCCGGAUGCCUUUCGCGUUGAGGACCAAGCUGCUUCGUGGACUCCGGAGGAGAGCAUGCUGGUGUUCACCACUGCGCAGAACGAGAUCAUUAGCAAUGCCGCUCCCUUCCGAGUGAGCAUUGGCCGGGACGUCAACUUUCGGCUCCCAGACAAGCUCAGUGAGAACGACGGCAUUCUUAGAAUAGAAGGUAAAGGAGCUGAGGGGGUUCUCAUUGACCUGGAGCCUGUGAAAAAGAUCCCGAAAAUCGGAGACGACAAGUACGUCAUCGAGUCCCGCGUGGUCUUUCAACCACAGGAUGAGUCGGUCAAUGCCUUCACCCGGAUUAGCUUCUCCAUGGUGCUGAAUACCGAUGUCUUGCCCAAUUCGACCAUCUAUAUCAAACUGGGUGGUCUCGUUCGUGAUCCUGGUCGGACGAAUAUGGUGGGCGUGCAAGGCCCGGCGCGCUCGGGCGAGAUCAAGCUCUCGGGCGCCAACGGGCCGCUCUUCCGCGGCGAGGUGGGAUACUGGGACCAGGACCAGGUGCUUCUCACGGUGCAGAUGAUCUCCACGGUGCAGAUCUACGCGGGCGAGCGUGUCCGUUUCUUCAUUGAGAGGGACCAGGACUUCAAGUUGCCUUUCUCCGCCUAUCCCAACGACCCCUCCUUCAGGUUGGCGGUGCCGGAGGCUGGUAUCCCUGAGCGGCCCUUCUUGUUUUCCACACGGGUCAGCCAACAAGGAAAGGAAUUUGGCGUCUCAGAGAUUUUCUACGGAUCUCGCGGUGCAGUGGCAUAUCCGAACACAGUGGUGGAGUUCAACUUCAGGUUUCAGCCCAAUGUGAACCUCCCGGCGGGCACCACCGUGAGACUCACGCUUCCUGGCUUUACCUGCCCCUUUACCAGCGUUCCAAUUGGAACCCAAGAGGUGCCAGUGCUCGGUGAGAAGGACUUAAGUGACUUUAUCCGCUUCGGACAAUGGAACCAGAUGGAUAACACCUUUGAUUUGGUGGUGCCUGUUGGACAAGCGAUCUAUCGACAGCUGACGACGGUGCUGCGCAUCAUGCAGUCGGGUGGCUUCCGCUUGCCGAUCACUCCGCUGCUCCCUGAUGAUACGCGCCUAACGAUCCAAGCCAUUGGGAAUGUCGUGGUCUUCGAGGAGCCCAUCAAAAACUCUCCGCGGGUGGUUGACCGAUCUUUCCAGGUCUCGGAGUUCAUCUACGCGCCGCCACAGCAGGAUAGUAUAUUUCAGCUGAAGAUGCUGCUGCAGCCCACUGUGAACAUCACGCACGCGAAUGACAUCGUACUCUUUCUGCCCGGCUUCCGGAACUCCUUGUCCAAAGUGAACAUUCACAUCAUGGGCGAGGACCGUGGGAGGAUCCAAGACUCCAUGGGCAGUUGGAAUGAGACCACCGCGCGGCUAACGCUGAAAGUGCCACUUAGAGAAGUGAUUCCAGCAUUUACAAUGCUGGAUCUUCGAGUAGAAGAGAGCCAGGGCUUCAUCCUGCCUUCAGCCCUCAAUGCCAAUGACACGUCGUUACGGAUCUCGUCCUUGAAUAACAUCCAGGAAGAGCCGAUCAAGACGUCGCCCAUGGUGGGCAACGGCCCCUUCACCGGACACUUGUACUGCAUGUUCCAGUACGAAGUGGGAACGCGAAGCCCUUCGCCGAUUUGCCCCACGGCCAUUGACUGCAAUCCGCCGUUGACGGACCCGUGCAACCCCUCGGAGCUGACGAGGUGUGGUUGUGAUGCUCGCGUGGACGAGAUUUUCCCGAUGAUGGUCCUGGGCUUCAACCUGCAGAAUGAGGAUUCCGUGCACUUCUUGCCCUAUGACCAGCUUUGCAACUUUGAUCUCAUAGGCCCCACGAUCCUGAACCCCUUCAGCGAGCCGCUCAGCCAGACGGUCUCCGAGAAUCGAGAUCAGGUCACCUACGAAGGAAUGACCUCGAUUUCCACGGGCAUUUACCGGGUUUGUGCCAACCAUGUUGGCCGGCUCUAUGAUGUGGGCAUGGUCAUUGUCCGGCCAUCCUGUCAAGUGCCACUGGUGCUGGUGGACGGUGCGUGUGUGGAGCAUUGUCCGCGCACGAAAGUGCCAGUGGCUGGCAAGUGCAUACGAGACACCAUGGCGUUCCAUGCAUUGGACACUGUGGACUACAUGCUGCCUAUUCGCAUGACAGACCCCUACGCAAGCAGUGGCACCUCGAUUGCCUCUCGGAGCUCGGACGACGCGGAGCAGCGCUACUUCAUUUAUCGCUAUGUCUACGAGAUGGGCAAGAUUUUGAACGCUGAUCCUACACGGAUUCAGGUGGCUUCUCUCUCCAAUGGAUCAGUGGUGGUGAACACCGUUUUCAAGGUGGUUGGCACUUGGAAUGAUAUCAAGUCCACCGAUGAACGUUCACCUUGGGGUCUCAUUUCCCUCUUGAAAGCUCUGCAAGCGGACACAAGCUCUCAGCUCUAUCAGAGUCCAUUCUUCAAGUUCGUCGACCGCGCAGCAAUGUCGGAGCCCAUUCCAGUCCGUCAGUGUAGCGAUGGAGUCUAUCGUGUCUUCUGCCCAUACAACGGUGGCAUCAUGAGCACCGGCGAGGCGCUCGGCAUCCUGUUCUUGGGCAUCGCCAUCGUGCCGGUGGCACUAUCAUGCCUCUGCUGCACUUUUUGGCACAUUGACAUGGACAAGUCCAGUUCCAUGGACGUCGAAGACGUGCUGGAAAAGAUGCAGCAUGACCCCAGUCAAGUGGAUGCCAAGCUGCAAAUCGAGUAUGCUUGCUCAUGGUUGGAGGGCCGAUUCAUGGGUGAGGAUUGGCAGAAGCAGCGACAAAUCAUCGCCAGCGUGGCGUACUCUUAAACACGCCCCAAGUUGGCUGCAAAGACAAGAGGCUGAGUGCCUCAGCCAACGGGAAAACUUUGUUAACGGUACCCGUGCGUCAUGCACGCUGCAAGUUGCUGGCGUUCGAAAGUACGCAGCAGCAAGUCGCCUUUGUAGUUUGGCACGGAAUUCAUGCGCACAUGGUGGACAAACCACCUGGUGAUGUGGAAGAAGUGGGCGAGUUGAGC